GGGCGGCACCGCCGGGAGCCCCGGGCGUGACACCACGGAGGGACAGGGCUGGGGAUAUCCCGAGCCAGCAGUGAUGUCGGAGAGCGUGGCCGAGGCGCCGGGAGCCGGGAGCCCCGCGGCCCUGGGCGAGACGGGCACCAGCCAUGAGCUGCUGCAGCGGCUGCGGGAGCUGGAGGCGGAGAACUCAGCCCUGGCCCAGGCCAAUGAGAACCAGAGGGAGACGUACGAGCGCUGCCUGGACGAGGUCGCCAACCACGUGGUGCAGGCACUGCUCAACCAAAAGGACCUGCGUGAGGAGUGCAUCAAGCUGAAGAAACGGGUGUUCGAGCUGGAGCGGCAGAACCAGGCGCUGAGCGACCUGUUCCAGCAGAAGCUGCACCUCUCGACCGGGUCCCUGCCCCAGCUGCCGCUGCACCCGGUGCCAGUGCCCCUGGACACCCCCGUCACCCCCCAGCCAUGUUCUGCAGAGCAGCCGCCCCCCCCGCUGCCCCCCGGUCUCUGUGUGCCCCUGCCCGAGGUGCUGCCGCCGGUGCCGUCGGGCAGCCCCGGGCUCAGCCCCGGUGCCCCCCCUCUGGAUGCCCUGUCCCCCUUCUUCAAGAAAAAAGCCCAAAUCCUGGAGGUGCUGCGCAAGCUGGAGGAGACGGACCCGCUGCUGGGGCCCCCCCCGGCCUCCCCCGGCUCCCCCGAGCCCUGCCCGGCCCCGGGCUGGCCCCCCUGCCCACUGCGGGGGCCGGGGGCUGCGGGGGGGUGGCGGGGGACCGAGGGCAGCCCCUGCUCCUCUCCGGAGGAAGGGGGGCCGCCUCGGGGGGCUCUGCUCAGCGCCUUGGCCGAGCGGCUGCUGCGGGGCGAGGGGGGGGGCUGCUGCCGGCGCAACGGCGAAGCCCCCGGGGGACCCCCCCGGCAGCGGCGCGGGGACCACCCCGCUUUCCUGGGGCUCUACGCCCCGGGCGAGGAGAGCCCCGAGGGGGGCUUCGCCCCGCUCUCGCCCGGGGGGGUCCCCAACGCCCUGCCCUCCCCUGCCAAGGUGCUCAAGCUGCCCCCCCCGCCCGGGGGGCUCCGCCUCAGCCCCCAGGUCGCCCACCCCUCCAAGAUCCCCUGUCGUGGCGCCCACCCCGAGGCCUCACCGGGGCUCAGCCGCCGCGCCUCCCCCGACGCCCCCCCGGAGCCCGGCUCCCCGGAGCCCCCCGCCUUCCCCCCGCCCCACACCUUCGAGGCGGCCGAGCAGCCCCCCGGGCCCCCGGGCCCCCCGGCCGGUGGCGAGCGGGCGGCCGCCUCCCCCCCCAGCUCCCGCCGCGGCACGGGGGGCUCGGCCCCCGCCCGCCGCCCCGGCAAGAAGCCCCCAGAGCCGGGCUACCUGCCCUUCAAGGAGCGCCUGGCUGGCGGCCUGAGCGGGGCCAUGGGGCCGAUCUGCGCCCCCCACCCCGGGGGAACAUGGGGGGCAGCCUCAAGCACCCCGAGCCGGCGCACGGCACAGAGCCCCUGGCCCGCUGCUACUCCUCCGGCUCCAUGGGCGACCCCGGCAAGGCGGGGGGCAAGGGGCGCGCGGCCACCGGCAGGACCCCCCCCGCGGGCCCCCCCGGCGCCCCCCACCAAGUCCUCCCGCAGCCCCCACGGCAGCCCCACCAAACUGCCCACCAAGACGGGCACUGGCAAGGCCGGGGCGCCGCGGGGCGAGGAGCCUUUGGGCACCAAGGCGGGCGGGGGUCCCCACAAAACCCCCGCGGCCCCUGAGCCCACGGGGCCGGCGCCGGGCGCCGCGGGGCACUCGGCCAUCGAGGAGAAGGUGAUGAAGGGCAUCGAGGAGAACGUGCUGCGGCUGCAGGGGCAGGAGCGGGCGCCGGGCGCCGAGGCCAAGGGCAAGGCCGGGCUGGCGAGUUGGUUCGGGCUGCGGCGCAGCAAACUGCCCGCGCUCAGCCGGCGCGGGGACGGCGGGCGCGGGCGGGAGUGGGCCGGGACCCCCGCGCCCCUGCGCAGGGAGGUCAAGUUGGCCGCCCGCAAGCUGGAGGCCGAGAGCCUCAACAUCUCGAAGCUGAUGGAGAAGGCGGAGGACCUGCGGAAGGCGCUGCGGGAGGAACACGCCUUCCUGCAGGGGCUGGCGCUGGAGAAGGGCAGACCCCGCGGGCCCCCCCGCGGCCCCGGCCCCCUCCCCGUCAUGUACCAGGAGGUGACGGCCGAGACCUUCAUGCAGCAGCUGCUGGACAGGGUGGACGGGAAGGACGUUCCCUACGAGACCCGCCUGGAGCACAAGCGGGAGCUCUGUGACCUCCGGCGGGUCCCCCCCGACGCCAAAGACCCCCGGCUCUGCCGCCCGCCCCGAAACGGCAUCGUGGGGCACCUGCGGGAACCCCCGGACAAGGUGCCGGACGUGGGGCUCCGGGACGAGCUGCCGUCGGACGAGAGCUUGUCCGAGUCGGGGACAUCGCAGCACUUCGCCGCCUGCGGGUCGCUGACGCGGACGCUGGACAGCGGGAUCGGCACCUUCCCGCCCCCCGACUACGGGGGGGUCCCAGCCAAGAGCACCCCCAAACCGCGGGGCCGCCCCGAGGCGCUGCCCGGGGCUGUGCCGGCCGCCGCCACCAAAGUGCCGCGCAAGGCCCGGACGCUGGAGCGGGAGGUGCCCAGCGCCGAGGAGCUGCUGGUGCCCGGGAAACACCGGAGCACCCCGGGGGGCCGCCCCCCAGCACCCCCCGGCCCGCACGGGCACCGUGCUGCGCCCCAAGACACCGGGGAUGACACCGGGAAGCCGCGGCGUGUCCAGCAGAGCAAGAACUGGACCUUCCCCAACGCCAAAGCCUGCGGUGCUGCCGACCCUUUCCUGUGCCCCUCCGGGGGGCUGGAGGGGCUGCACCGGCCUGUGCAGGCACCCGUGUGCAGCCCGGCCGGGCGUCGAGGGGCGUCCCCAGAGGCCCCCCCGCCGCUGCCCCCCACCCUGAGCGCCAGCAGCAGCCGGACCCCCAGCGCCUCGGACGUGGGGGACGAGGGCAGCACAGAGGCCCGGUCCCGGGAUGGGGGGCACGGCCCCCCCGGGCUGGAACACUCCGAGUCCCUCAGCGACUCGCUCUACGACAGCCUCUCCUCCUGCGGCAGCCAGGGCUGAGCCCCCCCCGGCCGCGCUCCCACGUCUUCCACCCCCCUCCCCACUGCUCCUGCUCCCGCUCUGGGGGUGCUGCCUGGAUUGGGGGGUCCCGCUGUCCCGUCCCCCCCCUUCUCCCGGCUCUCUCCGAUGGUGCUAUGGCCCUGUACAGCCCCCACCGAUGGGUUUUUAACUCAAUAAAGCU